AUGUCUGUAGAGAGCUCUGAGUUGAACGCGAGGAUCGAGUCGGGAGAGAUCGUCAAAACCAGAGCCAAAAAGCAUGUCAAGAACACAAGCGAUAUUCUUGAAACUAACAAACACAUUUGUGCGAUUAUGUGUAAUCCCAACACCGUACACUACACGCGCAUAGCGUUACGAGAGCAGACCUAUGCCGACCUCGGACCCAUCGGUGUGGUAGGCAUCACCGCGCAAUCCAUGGCAGCAUGGCUGAUACUGAGAACGGGUCAUGCACGCGAUCUCUACGUGCCCCCGACAGCUACGGAUUGGGUGGUUACGAAAGUACGUGAAUCUUACUUGUAUCUGAAGACUCUGAUGUAUGUCACGGGAUUUGGAGCUCUGCUUUUCUGGGCCACACAGCGCAUGGACGUGAAGGCGGUGCGCCGAAGAUGGAAUAGUCAAAGAUCAGUGAUGACAUCCUUCUGUAUGUGGGCCGUGUGCUUUGCCUGUGUGGUGUUCACCAGCGGCUUUAUGUGGUGCACUAUUCGGGGAAUGGGAGCGAUGCAUAUAACCCAGGAAGGACGAGUUUCGUUCGUUGUCGGCGGCAUGAGGGGGCAAACUUUGACUGAGGCUUUCAUAGUAGGAAUGAUAAACUCUGGGAUUGCCUUCGUGACAGUGGCGCUGCUAUCGGCGCCCAAGCAUGACCCAAACUUCGUGGGACCCAUAGGAUCUCGGAUUACUUUCCUUCUCUUUAUCAUACUGUUGCUGAUGAGCUUUGAGAUAUUCUUUUAUCGGCGGACAAAAAACGGCGGAUACCCCUUCCGUAUGCUUCUAUGAUAUGGCGCAUUACAAUAAAUAAUUUAGAGUCACAGUUAGUUGUGCAACAUAGAAUACUCCAAUACUGCACGGGUAUCACUCGCCGAUAACCAUAGUACGAACCACGAAAAGGGUUCCUAAUAAUUCGAACCUUUGAACGUUGAUAAAUAUUAUCCUGCGAGAAGCAGC